AUGAAGACAAUAUUGUGGUACUCUAUUUACUUUGUGUAUGUUUCUAUCGGUGCCGGCAACACACUGAGCAAGGUAGAGUUAAAAGUUUCGGACACAUCCUACGCAGCAUCAGACACAAUUUCCAAAAGGCAAGAGCUUCCUCCGUGCAUGGACUGCAGUUGUGGCGAACGUAACGAAGAACCGAGAGUGGUUGGCGGUUCCGGGUCUAACGUCAACGCAUUUCCAUGGAUCGCCCGUUUGAUCUACCACAAGUCAUUUGGCUGCGGAGCCUCGCUCAUCAACGAUAAAUAUGUUAUAUCAGCAGCGCACUGCGUUAAAGGAUUCAUGUGGUUUAUGUUUCGAGUGACGUUCGGGGAGCAUGACCGCUGCGUGAUGAAAACGCGGCCCGAGACUCGGUUCGUCCUCAAGAUGUACGUCCACAACUUCACAUUGACCGAUCUUAUGAACGACGUUUCGCUGCUGCAACUGAACGAGCCUAUGACGUAUUCGCACGCGGUCAGGCCCAUAUGCUUACCAACUAACACAGAUAAUCUGUAUUAUAAGACAUUGGCGACCGUUGCCGGCUGGGGCGCUAAAGCCGAAACGGGGAACUGGUCGUGCACACUACUUGAGGCGCAACUUCCCGUACUAAGCAACGAGGAGUGCAGAAAUACGAACUACAACGAGUCGAAGAUCAGGGACGUUAUGAUGUGCGCUGGAUAUCCGGCGACGGCACAUAAAGACGCUUGCACUGGUGAUAGCGGAGGUCCGUUAGUAGCUGAGAAUGACGAACACGCGUAUGAACUAAUAGGAAUUGUAUCGUGGGGCUAUGGGUGUGCAAGGAAGGGCUUUCCAGGAGUUUACACAAGGCUUAAUAUGUAUUUGGAUUGGAUCAAAGACAACACUCAAGACGCGUGUUACUGCGCGUAU